AUGCCGCCGAAAUUGGACCCAUCUCAAAUCGUUGACGUCUACGUCCGCGUCACCGGAGGUGAGGUCGGAGCAGCGAGUUCACUCGCCCCGAAGAUCGGUCCACUCGGUCUCGCACCAAAGAAGAUCGGAGAAGACAUCGCCAAAGAGACGGCGAAAGAAUGGAAAGGCCUCAGAGUCACCGUCAAGCUAACCGUCCAGAAUCGUCAAGCUAAGGUCACCGUCGUUCCUUCCGCGGCUGCUCUGGUUAUCAAAGCGCUCAAGGAGCCGGAGAGAGAUGGGAAAAAGGUGAAGAACAUCAAACACAACGGGAACAUCUCGUUUGAUGAUGUGAUCGAGAUCGCUAAGAUAAUGCGUCCGAGAUCUAUUGCUAAGGAAUUGAGUGGAACGGUGAGGGAAAUUUUGGGUACUUGUGUCUCUGUUGGUUGUACUGUUGAUGGUAGAGACCCGAAGGAGCUUCAGGAGGAGAUUUGCAAUGGUGACAUUGAUGUUCCUAAUGAGUGA